GUAGACCUGUGGAGCGGCGGCGAUGGCGUCGAGCCGCGCGCCGAGGGGCUGGGCUACGCGGUGGUGGUGGACGCCGGCAGCUCCGGCAGCCGGGCGCAUAUCUAUGUCUGGCCGCCGCACACGGGCAACCGGCGCGACCUGCUCAACAUCCAGCCGCUGCGGGACCUGGCCGGCCAGCCCCGCGUCGAGAUGAUCACGCCAGGUCUCUCCUCCAUGAGGGCGACCCCAGACCGGGCCGGCGCGUACCUGAGGCCGCUGCUGGAGUACGCCGCCGCUCACAUACCCAAGGAGAAGCACAGGGAGACGUCGCUGUACAUCAUGGCCACCGCCGGCAUGCGGCUGCUUUCCAAGGAGACGCAGGCGGCCAUUAUCUCCAGCCUGCGACAGGACAUUCUGCAGCGGUACGACUUCCUGCUGGCCGAGCAAAACAUCCAGGUGAUCACGGGCCGUGAGGAGGGCAUUUAUCAGUGGAUCGCCAUCAACUUCGCCUUGGACAGGUUUCGUCAUGCCCACAACGGGCCGCUGGUGGAAGUGGAGACCGUGGACGAGAAGCCAAUCAAGCGGCUGAAGACGGUCGGCGCGCUGGACAUGGGCGGAGCCUCUAUGCAGAUUGGCUUCGAAGUGACCACCAAAGCGCAGCAGAAGGCCCUGGGGGGCCACCGCUCCUCCAUGGCGGUGAUCAACCUGGGCUGCGCCGACCACGACCGCGAGCACACGUACCGCGUGUACGUCACCACCUUCCUCGGCUACGGCGCCAACGAGGCGUUCCGCCGCCACAGUGAGGCCAUCCGUGCCAGGUACACGAACGGCACCCGCCGCCUGUACGACCCGUGCCUGGUGCGCGAGUUUUCGGACCGGGCGCUGCUGAAGAACACUACCUACUGCUCCGAGCAGCAGCCGCCGCCGGCCAACUGCUCGGUGCCCGUGGUCGGCACCGGCGACUGGCACCAGUGCGAGGAGCUCGUGCGCAAGCAGAUCGUGGAGGAGCGCAAGACGCGCCUGUGUCCGGAAGGCCCGGACGGCUGCACGCGCACGCUGGUGGCGCCGCCCGUCAACCUGAGCGAGCUCGAGCUGUAUGGCUUCUCCGAGUUCUGGUACUCCAUGGAGGACACACUGCGCAGCGGCGGCAAUUACUCCUACAAGCGCUUCAGCCAGACGGCCAAGGACUACUGCGCCACCGCCUGGCGGACGCUGGUGCGGCGCCGCGGCGAGGGACUGUACGGCCGCUCCGACGACGACCGGCUGGCGCGACAGUGCUUCAAGUCCGUCUACCUCACGGCCGUGCUGCACGAGGGCCUGGGCCUGCCGUACUCGUACCAGGGCCUGACCUCCACGCCGAGCGUCGUAAACGGACGCGUCUCCACCUGGACGCUGGGCGCGCUGCUGUACAAGCUGCGCUUCCUGCCCGUGCGGUCGGUGGAGGCGGCCACGUUCUCGCAUUUCCCGGCCGGUCCGUACAGCAUCUGGGGCUCCCAGUACCUGCUGCUGGUCUGCGUGCUGGUCGUGCUGGGCGUGCUGGCGCUGUACGUGCUGCGCCUGCGCCGGCUGCGGCUGGCGCGGCCGCGCGUGCGUCUCCUCUCCGAGCACGAGCCCAUGCUGCUGGGCGUGCGCGUCAGCUGACGGGCCGGCGCCGAGCGCCAGCUGGCCGGCCCCGGCCCCGGCCCCGGCCCCGGCCCCGGCCCGCCGCAGUAGCCCAGAGAAGCCCGCCUCGUCCGGGCGGCGAUAGGUAAAUGGCAGACAGACGGGGUCAGCUGCCCGACCAAUAGGUCAUUUGACGUGACAGGGAAAUACAACGACCGCUCGUGAUCUGGUGGCAGAAUCAAUGAACAAGGCGUAUGUCACAGCUGAACAAAUGGAUCGAAUUACGCUAGCUCGCCGUGCCGUGCCGUGGCGGGCGUCGGGUGUCCCGUAGGAUGCCGUCAGCCACCGGCGAGUCGUCACCUCUCCGCGUACAUCGACGCCAGCGGCCGGGCGCGAGUCAGGUCAGGACCGGCGAUCUCGGCCGGCCGAGGCCCCGGCCGCCCUGACCCCGGGGUCAGACCAGGGCGGGCCGCCAGGCGGCCUCUCUCGUCAGCGGCCGCGCGGUGGCCAGCCCAAGGGUCAGUUGUGAUAUCCGCGUCACCGUAUUGUGGCGCUUUGUCGGCCCGCCGCUCGCGGCCUGUUCGUUCUGUGAAUUUAAGUUGCAGGCGAAUUUUAAAUCUCAUUGCGACGGUAUAACUUCGGUGCGUAUGCAAACUUAUGUGCUUGGCGAUCUCCGCCUGUUAGACCCUAGAGUUGUUAAAUUAUUUAUGGUACGCCGGGUAGUGCUGCGGAUUACUUUAUAUUUAUGCGCGGUACUACAGUUUUAUACAUAUGGUUCGCAUGGUGGGUGUCUGUUUCGGCAGCUGCAAUCCCCUCUCCACCUGCACAGCCACGUGACUAUGCCUGGGGUGUGUCCGCGUGUAUUGGCUUGUGAGGGUUAGACGUGCCCUAGUCUAGUGCUUCCUUCGAUUACUUAUUGACUGCGCCCACCGAUCGCGUUUGUUGCCAUCUGCGAGUGUCUGUUGACGUGUUCUGGUCGGAUCAGUUGGCGCCCAGAGACCGGUGGUCGGUGAUUGCUAUGUUUGGGGUCGCGGAACAGAUGCCGACGGAUCUGCCGUAGUACCACGCGACUGGGGGUGCAUCCACUAGCCCUAGUGUUUCAGGUUACCCUAGCCAAAGUGUUCCGUGGUCUUCACGACCAGCGGCGUUUCGAGUAGCUGGUGAUGUCAGCUUUCAAGCGAGGUCUUCGCACCAGUAUUGUCUCUCAGCCGUAUGCACCUGCACUGCUAAUGUCCACACCGUUUUCAUGAAUAGACUGGCGAUUUAGAG